UACUACUUCAUCAAUCAUCACCAUACCCUGCGACUCUGUCUGUGUGCCCCCUUCCAACUCCGCAUCGCCUCAAAGGAGUCGUCGCCGGCCCGCUCCGGCGAUCGCACCACCGGCCACCCGGCCAGCGAUCUCCCAGCCAGCAAGCUACCUGCAGGAGAGAGAGCUUCUCACUCCCGAGGGUAUCCGGCCAUGGAUGGGACAAAUGAUGCAAGCCCUUCACUUAAACUUCAUACAAGACUGAGGCUGUGGGAGUUUCCUGACUGUUAUAUAUUUGAACCAAUUGAUGGAAUUGCUGACUUGUAUUUGUCAGUUAGCCGAGCCAGUGGAACAAUGAAUCUAGUUGAAGAGUUGCCGUCACGUGGAUCCUCUACAAACCCUAAAGUUCAAACUGUUUAUGGUGUGAUGGGAGUGCUCAAACUUGCAGUUGGAUCAUAUUUUCUGGUGAUCACAGACCGUGAUUGUGUGGGAUCCUACUUGGGACAUGCAAUUUUUAGAGUGACGGGACUAAAAGUUCUUCCCUGUAAUAAUGCACUUAGCACUACUAAUGCCGAGCAGAAAAAAAUGGAAACAAAAUUUUCAGACCUCUUGGAUGCUGCAGAGAGGACUAUAGGCCUUUACUUCUCCUACGAUACCAACUUAACACUUAGUGCACAGAGGCUACAUGAUCUAGGUGAUGAGUAUAAAUCACUUCCCCUUUGGAGACAGGCAGAACCAAGAUUUCUAUGGAACAGUUACUUGUUAGAACCUCUAAUCGAGAACAAACUGGACCAGUACUUAUUGCCAGUAAUUCAAGGCAGUUACCAAAACGUCCAUGCAGAAGUUGGGUCAGAGAAAGUAAAUGUGACCCUAAUUGCACGUAGGUGCACGCGGAGAAUCGGUACUCGAAUGUGGAGACGAGGAGCUGAUCCUGAGGGUUAUGCUGCAAACUUUGUUGAAUCAGAGCAGAUAAUGCAAUCAAAAGAGUUUACAGCAUCCUAUGUACAAGUUCGAGGUUCUAUGCCAUUCUUGUGGGAGCAGAUUGUUGAUUUGACAUAUAAACCUAGCUUUGACAUUGUUAGACAAGAGGAGGCGCCUCGUGUAGUUGAGCGGCACUUCGAUGAUUUGAAAAAGAAAUAUGGAGCUGUCUUGGCUGUUGAUCUUGUCAAUACAGGUGGUGGUGAAGGUCGCCUCCAUGAAAGAUAUGCAAAAUCUAUUGAACCUAUUCUCAGUGAAGAUGUAAGAUACAUGCACUUUGACUUCCACCGAGUUUGCGGUCAUAUUCACUUUGAGCGUCUUUCUCAGCUGUAUGAGAAGAUUGAGGACUAUCUUAAGAAACAUAGGUACUUCCUUAUAAACGAUAAAGGUGAGAAAAUUGAGGAGCAGACUGGCACUGUCAGAACAAACUGUAUCGAUUGUUUGGAUCGUACUAAUGUAACUCAGAGCAUGAUUGGGAGAAAAAUUCUGGAAAGUCAACUCCAACGAAUAGGAGUUCUUGGUGUUAAUGAUACAAUAAGCAAUCACCCAGCCUUUGAUGCAAACUACAAAAUUUUGUGGGCCAAUCAUGGAGAUGCAAUAAGCAUUCAGUACUCUGGAACUCCUGCUCUGAAGGGAGAUUUUGUCCGGUACGGGAUGCGAACUAGUCAGGGAAUUCUGAAUGAUCUGCGAAAUUCACUUGCUAGAUACUACUUGAACAACUUUGCUGAUGGGACUAAGCAGGAUGCCCUGGAUCUUCUUCAAGGACAUUACCAGCCAUCUGUUAGUCGAGACAUGGCAGUGCCAAGCAAAGCAGGACUUCUAGAGAGUUAUGCGUCCUUCCGCCUUGCUUUUGCAUUGGUUCUGGGAGCUCUAGUGUUCAUGAUGAUAUCACUAAGACAAGCCCGGAACGAUGUUCGCCAUUUGUUGCUGUCACUUCUAUGGGCUGGACUUUGUCUUGGCAUCACUCAUUUUGUCAGAGGCAAUGGUCGGACGCUCACUAACCGACCUCGGUUUUACCAGUCGCGCCAUUGAUGGAUGCAAAGCGACCAGUUUGCUCAUCAAGUUGCCUCAUAGGUUGUCAUCAUUCGUCAAACUAGUCGGCACAAUUGUUUAUGUGAAGAUUAAGUAUUGUAUUUUUUUUCUACGGUACUUGCCUUUUGUAAUAAGCUUUCUUUCAUUUUGCAAUAAGCUUUUGUUUCCUUUUCUCUUCCGUUUGAUUCCUAGUGUUAUGGUUAUCAUGGCCUACUUGAUUUAAUCCAUUUGUAAAACCUAAGUAAACACGUCUAGCAAUUAGCAAUGUAUUACGAUUUUGAUA